AUGGCGGUCGGUGGUGGUGGUGCGUCUGACUUCAGGUCGUCGGUGGUUGAGCUUAUUGGGCGUGAUGCGUAUCAAACAACAGGAUGCUACAACCUACUGUGCUCAGGCUUCAUCCAAACAAGCAAUCAGAUCACAAUUGGCGGCAGUAUCUCCCCAAUGUCCACCUAUGGUGGCACACAAUAUGACAUCGAUACUUUAGUUUGGAAGGAUCAAGCGGGGGGAAAUUGGUGGCUGCAAGUGGGAGGCAAUUAUGUGGGGUAUUGGCCAUCAUCCAUCUUCUCCUACUUGGCAGAUAGUGCCUCUACCAUCAUGUGGGGUGGCGAGGUAUUUUCACCCGAUGCCGGCCAAACUUCCACACAUAUGGGCAGUGGACACUUCCCGAAUGAAGGGUUUGCUAAGGCGAGUCACAUCAAGAACAUUCAAGUGGUAGACUCCUCCAACUUUCUCAAUCCCCCAAGUGAUGUGGGCUUGAUAACUGAGCAGAACAACUGUUAUAAUGUGCAAAGUGACACCUAUGGCGACUGGGGCACUUACAUCUACUAUGGUGGCCCUGGCAAUAACCAUAACUGUCCAUGA